AUAUGCUUCCACUGCGAAACAUUGUCUCCUAUUGAAACUCCUCGCUGGAGCCUACCACCCCGGUUUGUCUACUUUCUCUGGCCCCCGAGAAAGAACGGAAAAGCCCACGGCAAUCAUGGGUCCCUUUGGCAGAGUCCUCGUCCUCAUAUUUGGCAUCUCUUUUAUGACCUUUGUGACAUUUUUCGGCCGCCUCCCGGCACUUCGACAUACACCCAUCGCAGGCCUCUACCGACUAAUAUGGGUUCACACGCCAAAUGUCUUGCUCAAAAUCGAUCAGCGGGUGACUGCUGGUCGGCUGUCGACAUCUUGUGCCAGCUUCGGCAAUUACAUGAUGUAUGAUCGUCAUCCGACGGUUGUGAUCUUCUUCGUCACCACUCUUGCCGUAGCUGAGAUGAUGUUCCUCCCGACUGCUUGGCCACUCAUGUCUUUGCCCGUCAAGAUCACGGGCUGCCUGGCCAUCGUCUGCCCCUAUGUCUUCCUGUACCUUGCAUGCGCUGCCGAUCCAGGAUACGUCACCGAGGAGUCCCUGCCGCACCUCAUGACCCUUUAUCCUUACGACUUCAUCCUGUUCCAUCCAGGUCGUGUUUGCAGGACAUGCAACUUGCCGAAACCCCCUCGAUCAAAGCACUGCACCGUGUGCAAGAAGUGUGUGGCACGCAGCGACCACCAUUGCAUCUUCAUCAACUCGUGUGUUGGACUAGGCAACCACCACUACUUCUUGCUUCUGCUGCUGUCGACCGCGAUUCUCACCUCGUAUGGAGGGGUUUUGGGAAUGUCGCUGCUAUCAGCGCACGUGCAUGAGAAUCACCCAACCUGGCAGCUGUGGAAACCGAACACUACAAUGUCAUGGACCAGGUGGCUCGGUUUAUUCAGCAUCGGUAUUCGCCAGCAUCUCGGCUUGGGCGCAUCGACACUGCUGGCUGCGAUGAUAUCACCGCUGAUCUGGGGCCUCUUCCUGUACUCCCUGUAUCUGGUGUACGCCGGCGUCACGACGAAUGAGUCCCUCAAAUGGUCAGAAUGGAAGGAGGACACCCGGGACGGAUAUGCCUUCGCCCGGCCUUUGCCUACCAAUAGGCAGAUUGCCGGCGAACCUACAUGGACAAGAUGGCCAAAGCUGCCUGCAACGAUCAUGGUCACCACCGACGACGCCGAGCCGCCUCUGCCGGAACAACAGUGUCCAGGCGUGGGCGAGUGGGAACGACCUCGGAGCUUGCGUGAUGUCGAGAACGUCUACGACAUUGGCUUUUGGGGAAACUUGAAGGACGUUUUCCUUGUUGGCCACUAUCAUGGAAGCGAAAAUGGUGAACCACUAUCAGAGCGGAAGCGUUACGACAAGAGGGCCGCCAAUGGUGGGAGGUACCCGCCUUAGCCACGGAAGAAGCAGUCUCUGAAUCAAAUUUAGAUGCAUGCGAUCUCGUGUCUCUUCAUCAUCAUCAUGUUCUCAAUUACAUCGUUUGGCGUGGCGAACCCACGCGACUAGGUUUUGUAUCCCUGAACAUCGUCCCCGCCAUAACAUUGGAUAGUAGCCCCAGUUCCAAUGUCCUCUUCGAGCGUGUGCGCGGAAUGUGCUUAUAGGAUGGUGCCGAAGCUG